CAUGACUUCGCCAUUUCUUAUUGUUAAAACAACUGUCAAACGGAAUAGUUCGUUCGUGAAUCUGUUUCCUAUCCGUAUCGACAAAUACGAUAAAAAAGCCAAGAUUGGGUGAUCUAUCGACGUAACAGCGUUUCGGACGCAUCCGGAUACAAGGCUAGCCAGCUGCGCCAUUCUUGUUGUGUGACAUUCAUAUCAUCAGCCACACUACGCAUAUUUUGCAUUGCUUUAUCUUUUAAUUAUUGCUGUAGUGAGCUGUCAGUCACACAUUGCAGGAAUGGACACAUCGGGCUUGCCUGUACCGGAUGCAAUCCACCCGCUACUUGAACAAUUGCAAGAAGCUUUAGUUCUUGAAGUAAAGUAUCAACCUAACCUUCCGUUACCUAAUAUAUCACAAAAUGACGACAUAACAAUUGGAGCUCGUGAUGGAUCAGCCCAUGUUUUAAGGUGUUUGAAAGUAUGGUAUGAUCUACCAUCGGAUGUAUUUUUUAUUGCCAUCAAUUUAAUGGACCGUUUUUUAACAAAAAUGAAAGCAAGACCAAAAUAUAUGGCAUGUAUCAGUGUAUCUGCUUUUCAUAUAGCUACUGUUCAGUUAGCACAGUCAUUGGAUGCUGAUCACUUAGUCUCAAUUUCUCAGUGCAAAUGCACUGGAGGUGAUCUUAAACGUAUGUCAGAAGUAAUACGGAAUAAGUUAGAAUGGGCACCUGGUACUCAACCUGUUACAUCUUUAACUUUUCUUCGUUUAUUCAAUGCAAUGUUUCUUGCAAUUGCAUCACAACUAGGGCUAGGAGACAUGUAUACCAGUAUUGUAACGGAAUCUGAGCUUCUACUUAGGUUAGAAAUGGUUGCAUGUGAUGGUAAUUGUGCAAGUUUGAAGUCGUCGGAAGUAGCACUUGUUCUACUCUGCACAUACUUAGAUGGUGCAGUGAACCGAUUAGAUACUAAUACAGAUAUUCCCAUAUCUACUACUGCUAUUCCUAGUUCCUCUACUAUCAAUACAUCUGUAACAUCAAGGCAUCAAAUGCUUAGACUUUUGGACUUUGCUAUAGAACUUCAGAAAAUAUGUAAGAUUUCAGACACAAGCUUCUUUUCUACACAUGAAGCUGUGGGUGCUGUAUUGAGCAAAUAUAAUGCUCAGGAGCAAACCCCUCACAGGCAAAGACUGAUAUGGAGAUUAUCUUCUCGUACAGCACGUCUUUUACGUCCAACUGAUAAAUUUACUUCUGUAUUACCUGUUAUCGCCGAACAUACUCCGGUUCCUUCGCCGAGUAAAAUUAGAAAAAAUCGUAAGUUCGGUCGACGUCAUGGAAAUAAGAGACGUUAAGUGGCAGUAUUGAGGCCUUAAAGUGCUGAAUCAGAUGUUUAAUAUUUAUUCAACAUACCGAACAAGAGAAGAAAUUAGACUUUAGUUUAAAAAUAAAAAUAAAUUUUGUUAAAGGUUAAAUAGAAAGUACAAAUAUUAAUGUAUUUAUGUCGAAUAGCAACAAUUUGAAGUACCUCUUUUUAUGUCAAAAUUUGGUUUUUCAUGUAUGAAAUGUAUUGAAAGACACACACACACACACACAUUUUCUACUUGUAUUAUAUAUUUUAUAAACGAACGAGGAAUUUCGUUCUCAAAUUUAUCAGUUAUUGCUAUUAUAUGAAAUACGUGAGAGAGAGUGCCGUAAAAAGAAAAUGAACAAGUCAUGUGGUAGUAACAUUGAUGUGAUAUAAUGUCCUUUAUAAUUCGUAUAUUAUGAAUAGAAUAUUAUAAAUAUAUGCAUACACUUGCAAAACGUUAAAAACACAAAGAAAUUAAUUAUAUGUGAGUAUAAAUAUAAAGUUAAAAAAUUAUUUUAAAAAUGGUGAAUUAUAAAAGGUGAAUAAAAUUAUUUAGGAUGAUCAAAAUGUUUAAAUAAAUUUUAAUGCUGAAAAUUAUGCAAAUUUAAAUUACUAUUUAAUGUUUUGUUGUGAGAUUGUAUUUAUGUAUCUAAGAAGCAUACGAAUGAAUGUAAAUAAGAAAUUUUUUAUUAAAUGAGUUUCGAAUAUCUUCGUUAAGAAGAACAAACGUAACUGCAUAUUUACAUUAAAUGAUUUAACCUUUUGUGAUCAAAUUAUGAUCUUUACAUCUCUUAUCACGCAUUUUUUUUAGUGAAUAUAUUAUUUCAAUGUUAAUAAUUAAUUAUUAAUCUUUUUAUAUGUUAAUUGGCUAUCGAUAUUUAAUAAAUUGCAAUUAAAAGAAUCUUAGAAAGGAACAAUUGCCUUCAAUAUAUGUAUGUAGGUCAUACUUAAUUUAAAAAUUAGAUAAUGUUUUUGGACAAAAUUCUUAGACGGUAUUUCAAGAAUAUUAUGUAUAUAUUACAUGUUGUGAAUAAAUACAAUUAAGAGCACAAAAGGUUAGUAACAAUCUUGGAAGCUUUGAGCGAACAUUUUUGAAAAUCAACAGAAAAAAUAUUAGCUGUGAAAGUAUAAUUACAUGUAAAAUUAAUUUAAGAUAUAUAGUAUUAUAAACUAAGAAUAAGAAUAUUUUAAAGCCACAAUUUGUGAUAGGAUUUUUUACUGACAUAGAUUUUAAAUGUGGCAAAUUACUGAAAUCUAACCACAAUAGUCUUAAGCAUUUAAUAAUUAAAUUUUUCGUCUAUAAUAAUUCAUUAUCUUGUCUUUUACAUUUUGUAUCACUCCUAUGGCAUUAAAAUGAAUACAAAAAACGUAAAAUAAACGAAACUUCAAAUGAA